AUGAACUCUGAUGUGAAGAAACUAGCUGACGGGUUUGCGGAGGAUUCGGAAAAUGAUGCAACAUUUUAUGGUUUUUCUGACUCAGAGCUCCUGGAUACAAAUUCAGAUGAAGCCUGCCCUGACGUUUCUCCUAAGAGGCUUCCAUCUAAACCAUCUGCAACCUUUAGACCUUUCAGGAUGAGGAUUGCUCUGGGCUCUGCUUCCUCUCAGUCCACAGAUUAUGAGGAUGAAGAGGAAGACAAAAUCGCCCAAAAUAGAGGAGUGCUGAGGCCAAGGAAGACCAACGCAGCAAAGAAGGAAAGAUGUGAUGUGAAAUUUGAGGAUGAGGAGACAGAAGUGACUCAGCCUGAGGGAAGUGGAUCUGAUUCAAAUGAAGAUGUUUCAGAUACUUUUUUGGCCAAGAAAGUUAAUAAAGCAGAUCUGCAGAAAAUAGGAGGAGCUGGGGUUUUGAAAAACCAAACAGAAAAGGAAACAACGAAGCUCUCAUCCACAGGCUUGGCUGAAGGGGAGUCUAAGAAGAACCCAGAAUGAGCAUCUCGCAGAUUAACUCACUCAAUGAGUGGAAGAAAGGAACCAUCACCUCCUAAAGAGGCAGGUGUGGAGCUCAGCUUAGAGAAAGCGCUGCUGGAGAUGCAUCGAGCUCCACAACGCCGUGGCUCCAGUCGAUCUAAACAGAGCAAACCUCAUAUAGUUCGUCCAGUCGAGAACAUCACGGAAGAUGCGCUUCAGCUGGUUGCAGACAAUAUGACUGAUAAAGUCAGAUCUGGCCGUCUGGACUCUCAUUACCCGAAGGUAUGCGGUCACCAAGGCAAUGUGCUGGAUAUCAAGUGGAAUCCCUUCUUUGAAAACAUCAUUGCAUCCUGCUCUGAAGACACCUCGGUUCGAAUAUGGGAGAUCCCAGAGGGUGGUCUGAGGCGCAACAUGACGGAGGCAGUGCUGGAGCUGUACGGUCACAGCAGGCGGGUGGGUCUGAUUGAGUGGCACCCCACAGCCAGCGGCAUCCUCUUCAGUGCAGGCUAUGAUUACAAGAUCCUGAUCUGGAACCUGGAGAUUGGAGAGCCGGUGAAAAUGAUAGACUGCCACACUGACGUCAUCCUGAGCUUGUCCUUUAAUACUGACGGCAGCCUGCUGGCCACCAGCUGCAAAGACAAGGUGCUGCGAGUCAUUGAGCCUCGCUCUGGACGAGUCCUUCAGGUGAGACUUCUAUAA